GACGAAAUCCGUCAUCGCAUUUUUCGCACUCUUCGUUCGCAACGACUUUCCCGGAUCACACAUCCGAAGGAAAAAGAAUCACAAAUUUUGUGCCGUCUCCGGUUUUUACGUUGCGUGGAUUCUCCACCAGAAAAUCCGAUAUUUACCCGUUUUGUGCAGUGAGUUCGGCAUUUCCGUGUCGAUACUGGAAUCAGUGUUGUUUCCUUAUCCAUUUUCGUGAGCACGAAAAAAAGGAAAGAAGAUUGCUUUUACGCUUGGUCGCAGUUGUGCAGAGGAGGAAAAUCCCAAUCCAAAAUGUCUCUCAAUCCGCAGUACGAGAACAUUGGCAAGGAAUUCGUCACCCAGUACUAUGCCAUGUUCGACGAUCCGCUGCAGCGGGUGGCUGUGGCCAAUUUGUAUAACGCCGACUCAUCCUUCAUGUCCUUUGAAGGAGUGCAAAUUCAAGGUGCGGUAAAAAUUGCAGAAAAAUUACAGGGUCUUACCUUCCAAAAGAUCAACCGUAUUCUAACGGCGGUCGACUCUCAGCCCAUGUUCGACGGAGGUGUCCUGAUAAGCGUUUUAGGUAGAUUGCAAUGUGACGACGAUCCACCGCACCCGUUCUCGCAUGUGUUCGUGCUGAAACCCAUGGGAACAUCGUUUUACUGUGCGCACGACAUUUUCCGGCUGGGUAUCCACAAUACUGUUUAGAGAAAACCAAUCCCCAAAAACUGAGCUGCUCGCGCGAAUAGAGCCUUGAAACCCACAUAUACAGCUUUCCAAUAACCGACGGGAUCUAAUUGCAUAAAUUAUGGAACAAGAGUGAUGCUGCAGAGCUUUCUUUGCCGAAGAAAGAAAGAAGAAGAUAAUGUGAUGUCAUCACACAACUAGUUAUCCACACCACACACACAAUAUAUUGCUAACCCGUAAUAUAAACAUUAGUAUGCUAACAAUGUUUGCUUGAAAUUAAUAAAAGUUAGGAAAAUGAGAAAUAA